UAUCAGCUGCUGUACCACGAGGCAUCGCUGGCCAACCUGCUGGAGGUGCUGCUGUACCACCGGGACGCGUGCGAGGCAGUCAGUGAGGAGGCCCUGGUGGAGCUGUGCGACUGGUGCUCUCGCUCCAUUCACUACCUGGCCACCGAGGCACACCAGCAUGCCGAGUACAAGGGUGAGGGCGCUGCGCUGGCUUGCCCGGCGCCGCUGGCAGAGCUGCGCGAGCGGGCGUGGGAGGUGCGGUUUGGCGGGGCGCAGUGCGCGCUGGCCAUCCUGCGCUACAUCACAGACCACGCCCCCAAGCUGUCCCUCAGCGUGCUGGCUCGCAUUGUGAGCACCAACGACACAGUCAUGGCGCUGCUGCCACUGCUGGACCGCCCGCCCUGGGUGCGGCGCGGCAAGGGCGGCGCAGCCGAGAGGUUUGUGGGGGGCGCCUGGCAGGCGGUGGAGCCCAGGGAGCGGCACAGGCUGACGCAGCAGGACGGGCAGGUCUGGCUGCUGCUGCACAACCUGCUGGCUGACGGGGCGGCCCGCUCCAGGAUGGACAUGAGCGAGGCGCGGUGCGAGGCGCUGCUGCGCCUCAAGCGACACUUCAACGAGCUGCUGCUGGACCAGGUC